AUGAGUUUAAUGUUAAUUCUAACACAAAGGGUGGUAAUUUUAUAUUUUUAUUCUAGGAUAGGAAGGUAGUUCUAAUUUUGAUACAUGUGGAGGGAUUCAAUAUUUUGGGUCUCCUAAUGGCAAUUCUUAAAUUAGCAGAAUAGUUUUAGACCUAGAGACUCAUUCUCAUAUAUUAGAUGCACAAUUUCUAAGGUAUUUAUUGCUCUUAAUUACAAAAGUAUUGAUAAUAAUAUUCCACCAUCUUUAUAUAUAGACUAGCAAAAAUCAGAUUCUGAGUAAAUCAUUUCAUCAUAAGGUUUGAUAUGUUUUGAUUCAGAGCCUGAAUAUUUGCAUACUAUUUCUAUUGUUCGUUAACAUAAUAAGAGAAAUAUUUGGAUGACGAUUAUUUAUAAAUAAGGAGGAUUAAUAUCAUUAAAAUUUAGUAUCAUUAAAUGUUAGUAUGAAUGUUAUGCAUGCAUUGAGAAUUAUCCAUCAAUUUGCUUAUAAUGGAACUGCACUAAUAUUCAUUUAAUUAGAAGUAGAUCACAUCUUCUGAAGGAUGGAAUUUUUAGGCAGGUUCUUUUAUAAUAAAUAGUUAAUGUGGGCUUUGUGAAGUUGUGA